AGAGCUCACGAAGCCAGUUUAAGGCAGUCAAAGCCACACAUUUGGGCAUCGUGUGUGCUGUCAACAUCCAGCUACACAUCGUUUACCGGACAGUCCCGGAGAAUCACGAUUCAGUGUGUGUGGUGUUCUCUCCUGGAACAACAACUCGCUUCAUCAUGACUUUGAGGUGAUCUUCAGUCCAGGUGGUGCUGGGGUCCAGGUCUGCAUCGUGAGAGAGUGAGAGAGCAAGCUCUUCCACAGGAACGGGCUGCCUUGGGCCCUAGUGCCCCAGGUGUUAAGGUAAGUAGCUGUACCCUUUGGAGUGGAGGUGGAACAGGAAUACAGGAUGGAGAAUGAGGACCUGAAGAUUGUUAAUAAGGGGCUGGAGGAUGAAAUGGAACUGAGCGGGUACAGGCUGUGCCGCUGGAAGCUGGCCUUUGUGGCAGUGGGUGUGCUGUGUACAGGCGGCUUUCUGCUGUUGCUACUUUACUGGUUGCCUGAGUGGUGUGUCAAGGCCACGUGCACUCGCAUCGCCAUCCGAGACGCCCAGGUGGUACUGCUCCAAAGCACUGAUGAGUUUAAGCGCUGGUUUCUGGCUAAGGUGCGUGUGAUGCUGGCCCCGGGAAAGGACCCCUAUAGCAGCCUGGACUUGCAGAGCACCACCCACAUGGCCAAUGGCCACACACCCCACCCCUCUGACACUGCAGCCGAAGGUUUCAUCAGGAAGUACGCAGAGUACCAACCUGUACAGAUCCGCUAUUUUACACUCCAUAGCACAAAGUACUACUGGAAUGACACUGUCCAAAACUAUGAAGUGUUAACGGGUCUCGAGGAUUUGGAGCCGAGUUGUUCCAGCAUCCACUCAGAUCAUAGCGGCGGCCUCAGCCCAAACCAACAGGAGUACAGGAGACUGUUUUUUGGAGUGAAUGAAAUUGCUGUAAAAGUGCCUUCUCUUUUCAAGCUGCUAAUCAAGGAGGUUCUGAACCCCUUUUACAUCUUCCAGCUCUUCAGUGUUAUCCUGUGGUGUGCUGAUGAAUACUACUACUACGCUAUGGCUAUAAUGUUCAUGUCAAUCAUAUCAAUAGCUACCUCUCUCUACACCAUCAAAAAGCAAUAUAUCACAUUACACGACAUGGUGGCUACCCACAGUAUUGUUCGUGUAUCAGUCUGCAGAGCCAAUAAUGACAUUGAAGAAGCUAUGUCUACAGACCUUGUCCCAGGCGACGUCAUGGUCAUCCCCAGCAACGGAAUGAUCAUGCCCUGUGAUGCAGUGCUGAUUAGUGGAACCUGCAUAGUCAACGAGAGCAUGCUUACAGGUGAAAGUGUGCCUGUCACUAAGACUAACCUGCCCAACCCACAACAGGGAGACAAGGGCUCUGAGGGGGACAAGGUGUAUGAUAUGGAGGAACAUAAGAGACACACAUUGUUCUGCGGCACCCACGUCAUCCAGACCCGCUUUUACUCAGGAGAACGGGUUAAAGCUGUGGUGGUCAGGACUGGUUUCAGUACAGCCAAGGGCCAGCUGAUUCGGUCCAUCUUGUACCCUAAGCCUACAGACUUUAAGCUGUACAGAGACGCCUACCUGUUCCUGCUUUGUCUCGUCGGAGUGGCUGGCAUUGGCUUCAUUUACUCGAUCGUGCUGAGCAUAAUUAAUAAGGUUCCUGCAAAGACCAUUAUCAUCGAGUCACUGGACAUCAUCACCAUUACGGUGCCACCCGCACUGCCGGCGGCGAUGACGGCGGGUAUCGUGUAUGCGCAGCGACGUCUCAAAAACCUUGGCAUCUUCUGUAUCAGCCCUCAGAGGAUUAACAUCUGUGGGCAGCUCAACCUUAUCUGCUUUGACAAGACAGGCACACUCACUGAAGACGGCUUGGAUCUGUGGGGUGUGCAGAGAGUGGAGAACAGCAGGUUCCUCCACUCAGAGGAGAAUGCCUUUAAAGAGAGUUUGGUGAAGUCUCACUUUGUGGCCUGCAUGGCCACAUGUCACUCGCUCACCAAGAUUGAAGGCCAACUCUCUGGAGACCCUCUGGACCUGAAGAUGUUUGAAGCCACUGGCUGGAUCCUGGAGGAGGCCACAGAAGAGGAAACUUCUCUUCAUGAACGCAUCAUGCCCACUGUAGUGCGUCCACCCAAGCAGCUCCUUCCUGAGCCUGUGAUGUCACGAGAGGAGGACAUGGAGCUGUAUGAGCUGUCGGCAUCUUAUGAGAUCGGAAUCGUGAGGCAGUUCCCCUUCUCCUCAGCAUCGCAGAGGAUGAGCGUGGUGGCUCGGAUCCUCGGAGAAAAGCGAAUGGAUGCCUACCUAAAGGGGGCGCCUGAAGUGGUGGCAAGUCUAUGCAAGAAAGAGACCGUGCCACAGGACUUUGCAGAGGUACUGGAAGACUACACUAAACAGGGUUUCCGCGUCAUCGCCCUGGCACACAGACGUCUGGAGUCCAAACUAACCUGGCAUAAAGUACAGAACAUUAACAGGAAUCACAUUGAGACCAACAUGGAGUUCUUGGGGCUGAUCAUUAUGCAGAAUAAGCUGAAGCCCGAGACUCCCGGAGUGCUGGAGGUCCUCAGACAGGCAAACAUCCGCACAGUCAUGGUCACAGGUGACAAUAUACUUACAGCUAUCUCAGUGGCACGGGACUGUGGCAUGAUCCUGCCCCAGGACCGAGUCAUUAUUGCUGAUGCCCUACCCCCCAGAGAUGGCCAGGUGGCCAGGAUCAACUGGCGCUAUGCAGACAAUCCCAACAAGCACUCCAUCAAGCCAGUUUCACUGGAGGAGGUGGAGAUUGGUGUUGAGGAUGGACCUGAAGAACAGCGGUCUAUCGAGAAGUACCACUUUGCCAUGAGUGGCAAAUCAUUUGCUGUCAUUACUGAACACUUCCAGGACCUGCUCCAGAAGCUGGUCCUACAUGGAACGGUUUUUGCAAGAAUGUCUCCAGACCAGAAAACCCAGCUAGUGGAGGCUCUACAGAGUGUUGACUACUAUGUUGGAAUGUGUGGAGAUGGUGCCAAUGACUGUGGGGCCCUGAAAAGAGCUCAUGGGGGUAUCUCUCUCUCUGAGCUGGAGGCUUCAGUGGCUUCCCCUUUCACUUCCAGAACUCCCAACAUUUCCUGUGUGCCCAACCUAAUUCGGGAAGGCAGAGCAGCUCUAAUUACGUCUUUCUGCGUGUUCAAGUUCAUGGCCCUUUACAGCAUCAUCCAGUACAUCAGUGUCACCCUGCUCUACUAUAUCCUCAGCAACCUGGGCGACUUCCAGUUCCUGUUUAUUGACAUUGCCAUCAUCCUUGUUGUUGUAUUUACCAUGAGUCUGAAUCCUGCGUGGUCUGUGCUGGUUUCUCAGCGACCUCCUUCAGGUCUGAUCUCAGGGCCUCUGCUCUUCUCCGUACUCACUCAAAUCCUCAUCUGCCUCGGCUUCCAGACCCUCACCUUCCUGCUGGUGCGCAACCAGGAUUGGUACGAGAUCUGGACACCCGAGUCAGAUGCCUGCAAUACAUCCUUCCACAGCAAUUUCUCCAACUCUACCGAGGUUGAUGACCACAACAUCCAAAACUACGAGAACACUUCCCUAUUCUAUGUCUCUUCCUUUCAGUACCUCAUCGUUGCCGUUGUUUUUUCCAAAGGCAAACCAUUCCGUCAGCCCAGUUAUAAAAACUGGCUCUUUGUGGUGUCUGUUCUCAGCCUCUACAUAUUCCUGUUAGUCAUCAUGCUCUUCCCUAUUCCUGAUAUCGAUCAUGGUUUAGAGAUUGUGUGUGUUCCUUUCACCUGGCGUAUCACUGUCUUGAUUAUAGUGCUGAUUAAUGCUGCCGUGUCUGUCUUUGUGGAGACCAUCGUCCUUGACGUCGUCUUAUGGAAGCUUGUGUUCAGCCGAGACAAGCAGGGCAGCUAUGGUGUCCCCCCUGCCACCCCGCCACCACAGGAAGGAAUAGACUUUUGUACAUCCAAGUUCUUCUCGUGGUUGUGUUGCCGGCGUAGGGCGGUGCCCAAAGCACGCUACAUGCAUCUGGCCCAGGAACUCAGUGUGGAUCCAGACUGGCCUCCCAAACCUAAAACCACCACAGAAGCCAAACCUCCACCUCAGUCAGAAAACGGCUCUUACCAAAUCAUGUCUGCUUCCUAGCACCCCAAAAUUAACCCCACCCCACCCCCCAAGACACCACCCCUUCAUCUCUCACCCCUUCGGAUGCUCUCAUAUCAUGAAUCGUAACAGGAUCGCCAUUAAAGAGAAAAAUGCAUCCUGUCCCCAAGAAGACACUUGUUUUGUAACAACUAAGACAGACAGCAUUCUCUCUACAGAAGCAAGGUUUAUUCUUAUUCAUAUUUUUGCCGCCACGUCAUCUUUUUACGCCACAGGCUGGGAACUGUGGAUAACUCCACGUAAGGAGAUGUGACUUAAGACUGCACCAGAACCACACUGUCUACAGUAAUUAUUUUUUACCCUCUUGCUUUGUACUUGGACUUACUUCGAGGAGCGUAGCUGCGGACUCCUGACUGAAAUUCCAUUUCAUGAUGACUGCGCUGUUAGCUUAGCCACAAGUAUCUUAAUAAAUUGGGCUGCAUGCUAAAGUCUUCGGGACAUCAGCAAUCUGCGAUGUGGAGCCAACCAAACUGUAACAGCUUCAGCAGACAGUAUUUCCAACCAGUCAUUUAAAAAAAAAUGAAAGAAAGUAACUAUAUAUAAUAUUCAUUUUUUAUUUCUUCCCAUGGAAGAAUAGAGUCAUGAUUAAGCAGCAGCAGGCCAAAGGAAUGGUGCGUACCAUCGGGGUGUCAUUGAGCAAUGCCAGUUAUGGAGGAACGCUCUUCAAAAUCACGUGCUUUCUAUUCAAAAUCUCCGAACAGAACCGCAGUCAGCCAAUCACCCGGCCUGAUGAAUGAUUACUCCUGUGUAGUGUUUAGGGGGCCUUCAUGAAACACUCACGAUGGUUUUUUCAUUUCCAUGAAGCAAAAAUUUCAAGGCUAUAAAACUGUUUCAGCAUUAGUGACCGUUGAAUAUUAGUCUCUGGUGAUCUCUGAAGCUUGUCCUACAUACACUUCUAGAACAAUUUAUCAAAAAAAAAAAACAAAUAAGAGAGUCAGUCACUUGACCGACAGUAAUGGAUGGAAACGGUUGUGGUGAGGUCAGUCUUAUUAAUCCAAUCGAGGAGUUGGGUCAGAAUUACAGCGACCACUAUGCUACGUUUCAUCAUAUGCAAACUAUUUCAUUUUCUCCUUUACUGCGAGCCGUUCAAUCUCAGAGUUGGUUAGACAUAUCAGAUACGAAUCUUGCAUAACGUCAGUCCUGCGAGCGCAGAUUCAGAUUCAAAUUCUACCUUUUAAUGUUCCGAAAAAUGAAAUGCUGCUAUUUAACAUUCAGUACUUAACGAUGCAACUUGAUGAUGAUGAUGAUGAGCUAGCUGUGUUUGGGAUGAGUUUCAGCAGAGGGAAAGCAUUCUCCUUUUUUUAAACAUUUUUUUCCCCCUCAGUUUACACACCAACACUCUGAGUAUGACCCAUACCAGCAGUUUUCUAUUUUCUAAACGAAAUAAAAUGUCUGAACUUAUUAGCGGAGAUUGUAUCAGGAUCUUGAGAUUCACUUGGACACUAAUGCACGUAAGAAAGCACAGUAUAAACCAAGUUCAGUCAUUUUAAUUACUCAGAUAUUUUAAUACUGAUACUUUUUGUAGGCCUUGUCUUCGGUAUACGUCAAAUAUGUCUGUCCGGUAUACAUGUCAAAUAUUUAUGCUUGCUUAAGCUUUUUCUUUCUUUCUUUCUCUUUUUUUUUCCUUCUUUCAGCAUAAGGGCUAUAGCUUUACAAAUUUUGUUCAUUUCUAUUUUUGGUACUGUUUGGAAUCAUCAGCGAUCAUGCGCGACUGCCUGUAUGUGAUUGUAAUUGUAACGUCUGCUCUGCUCUGGCGUCGUCCUCACACGAUUGUCCGUCCUGUCGUUCUCUGUGUAAACGUGCUCAUAACCAUUUCUGCAAAGAAGGAUUGAUAUUUAUUGUACUGUAAUGUGUUCAGGUCGUCAGGAUUGAAUGGUCAGCAUUAAGCAAAUGAGUCUAAAUGCAUCCAUGUUCUUAUGGUAUUUAAUGUCCAUGCUACCCUAAAAAAAAAGAAGAAGAAAAAAAGAUGCUUAUGUAUAAGAAAAAAAAAUACACAAACAAAAAAUCCGACUUGGAUCGUCCCACACUGGAUUUGGCCGACAGGACAAUCGCUUGUGUGCAGUGCUCUUGGUAUUGAGGGAAAUGUUAAAUUAUUUUUGAUUUUAUUGUUUGUCAUUUCUAUUUAAAUCAGUUUAUAUGAGGCUGUUUUGUGUGUGUGUGUGUGUGUGUGUGUGUGUGUGUGUGCACACCUACCUGUGCAUGUGUGUUUUUUAUGUGCGCUCGUUCCUGUGUGUGUGUGUGUGUGCGCGCACGUGCCUGUGUGUGUGUGUAGCACUUCUAUUCUUUUUCCUGUAGGAGAGCUAGCAGACAUGGUGACAUAGAGGAUGUCCUAUUUAUAGUCCUGCACCUUAUCACGCAGCUCAAACCUUACGAUUUUCAUAACCGCUCGGACAGAAUUCCUUUAAACGCUGAUGCAGUCAGUUGUGUGCUGAUGUGCACAGUUCCUGAAAAAAGGUACAUAAAAUUACCCAAGGCUGAUUCUUGGACAGCGAGGGUUUGCUUUAGUCAGAUUUGUAACUAACAUGCAAAUGUAAAAGAAGGCUAUGCUUUUCCUUUUUUUUCCCCUUAAAUGCACAGCCGCAAUCGACUAUUUAAUGCUUUUAAUGCAGAUCCUAAACGCUGCCCAUCACCAACAUGCAGAAUUCUUUUAAUAGCUUGCAACGAUUAUGAAUCAGAAAUCAGUAAAUCUGCACAUGACUAUGAUGUAUGCUUUACUCCAAACACCAUCAAUUUUUUUUUCUUUACACAUGGAUGUAAGUUGUUGUUAUUAUUAUUGUUGUUAUUAUUAUUAUUAAUAAUAAUGAUGGUUUCAUUUCCUCAGGGAAAUAUGCUCAGAUUGUUAUGAAUAAAAGCUUGACACUGAAUAAA